AUGGUUGACUUCCCUGUAGGUGACACGCACGCCGCCCGCCUGCCCCGUCUUUAUCCUCGAAGCUCCAAGCACCCGUAUUCGCCCAAUAGCCCGACCAACCCCCAUACCCAGCUCCACUGCCAGGAGGAACAAUCCCGCAAUGAAUCCAUUGGCCGUUCUCCCUUCCUAUUCCUGCUUACGUCCGUUCCUAGCCUGACUAUGCCGAUGGCUAUGAAUCGAGGUCAGGUGGACCCAGCACCCACGUCGGCUAGACACGAAGAGGUCGCUGGCCCAAUGGAGGCGCUCAUCCUGCGCGAGUCGUGGGAUAAGGAUGCAAUUCGUUUCGAACAAGACUCUGGCCUCGGUUGCAGCCGUGCAUGUCACUGCCAGAUAAGCUUCUUUCUCCCACCAACGGCAGAACCAAAGUCUACUCAGCCAGCUACAACCAAGCCAAACCAAUCCAACCAGCCCACCAGCCAAAACUCAACUUCAAAAUGUCUCCCUGCAACUGCAACUGCUGCUCCGGCGACUGCAACUCCUGCUCUUGCAGCUCCUGCACCCACUAAAUAUCUCUUCUGCCGCGUCGUCCUCUGCCCGUGCUCUGCCAUUUCAACAUCCCAGCUGUAUCUCAACCAAGCGACAACACGUGCUUACUCGUCUAUCCGACCGUGUAAGCCCCAAAUACGCUAUUAACAAAGAGAUCGAGAACCUGAACGCGUAUCGCGAGAUUGUCGGGACUCCAGAGGGCGAUAUGAUGAAGGAACAAUAAACCGCUGUUAUUUGACUGAUGUAUCUACUUUGUCGCUCCUUCCCAAAAUAACGUCGACGUUAUCAAUCUCCAACCCAUUGUAGUCUCCUGAAUUGCCGUUAGAACUACUUCCGUGCUCGUUGAAAACGCA